CUAUGAUAAGAAAGGUUUGGUUUACUCCUGGAGUUGCAUGCGUCCAUAGACUACGGUGACCGAUUAUCAGGUGGGCCACAUACUUGAUUGCCACCACGCAAGAACUUAAUUUAUAACGGCCACAUACAUUAGAUACAUUUUUGUUUAAAUAUAGCUACGAUAAUAACACCUUUAAUGUUUAUACUUUGUCCUUUCAUAAUUGAUUUUAUAGUAAUGAUUUCUAAACAUUGAUAAGAAUGGUAUAUUUAGUUUAAAUAUCAGUUGUGGGGGCCAUCAUGUAUGGGAUGGUAGUUUGGACAUGUUUGGUUGUAUUGCAUCAAUUUCAUGGGAUUUUGUGUGAUGAAACUAAAGAGGUAAACUGGGAAUUCAAAACGAAUGUGACGAAAAGUGGUCCUGAAAGUGACAAUCAAAAUACAAAACAUAAUAAUGGAAAAACCUUAAGUAGUCAGACAAUAGAGCCAAAAGAAAACAUUGUUCCAGAAUCUACAGAUAAAAUUAAGGUUCCAACUAAUGAAAGAAAUGAACCAAGAGAUGUUAAUAACAUACUUAUCGAUAUAGCAACUAUUGCUCAUAAUAAAAAUAAUACAAAAGGAAUUGAAAAAAUUAGACAAUUGGUGGAUGAAAUAGCCAAGCAAAAUGAAAUAAAACACAAUGUUGAAGCAAAUGGUAUCAAACCUUUGAAAGAUGAACCAUCUGUUACUAAUGCAAAUACACUGUUGAGGUAUAUUGAACCAAUAAAUGACAUCGAAACAAAAGAAACGAUGAAUAUUGUUUCUCUUAAAAAACCUACAAAACAUUCGGAAAAUGACCAGCUCGUAACUAAGAAUACAAAAAUAGUUUUGAAGCAUAUUGAACCCACAAAUUACAUCGAAACAAAAGAAACGGUUGACAUUGUUUCUCUUAAAAAACCUACAAAUCAUACGAAAGGUGAGCAGCUCAUAACUGAGAAUGCAAAAACAGUUUUACCAAUAAAUGACAUCGAAACAAAUGAAACGGUUGACAUUGUUUCUCCCAAAAAACACGAACAGCUAUUAACUAAAAAUACGAAAGUGGUUGUAAAGUAUGUUGAACCAAGAAAUAAGACUACAAAAAAAGAAUCCGUCUUUCAUAUUUUUGUUAAUAAACCGAUAACUGGCGAUCAUGAAGAUACUCGUACAACAGAAAUCAAAGCACCGAAACCAUUGUUCAUAAAUACAAGAAGGCAAGCUGGCGAUAUAUCGGACCAUGAUGGUGACAGAGCAAUAACCACAUCAAAAGGUAAUUUAUACUUAACUGUUUUUUAAUUGUUGGUAAGUUUUUUUUCUUCUGGAUGAAUAUUUUACUCGUUAGUAUGCGAUCAAUGCAAUAUAAUUUGUAAUGGAACGAUAUGAUUAUUUUUUGUAUUUUAUUUUAAAUUAUACCCAUAUAUUUUUAUUUCCUUAUGUCUAACAUAAAAAAAUGGUAUUGUGGUUACUUCCUGUAUUACUUUUUAUAAUAGCGCUCGUUAAAAUAUACAAUUAAAAUGAAAGGCAAAUCAAAACAUUUAACACGAUAAUUCAAAUAUUAUUCUAAAUUUCACUUAUCAGUGGAACACUUUGUGGUCUUUGUGAUAAAUUAAUAGAACAUUACGAUACAAGUGCAAAAAGUGGGAAAUUCGCAACGAGUGGCGAUAAAUUAAAACACGAUUGAAUGAAUUCCUAUUCACAUAUGUAUCCUACAACGUUUUACAGUACAACGCAUAAGAAUAUUUUGUAGAAAGAAGGUAGGUAUUUCUAUAGUUUGGUAUGCUUUGUAGUUCGAGCGGUAUGUGAUGUGUUAAAUUUCUUGAGACUUGGAAUUGAUAUAAAACUUAAUCUUAUUAUUGUUAAUCUUCUAGUUUAAGAUUUGCUUAAAUUGUCAAUACCAUCUUAAUUUCUGAAAAGCAUAAAUAGUUUAUAAUCAUAUUUUUAGAUGAAAAUCAAAUCGAAAUAAAAGAACAUAUGUAUAAAGAAGAUUUAUUACGACGUCCAAAUACUCAAGAAAAUGCAUACAACUGGUACAAUGGACAAAAUUACAAUCACAACGGAAAUAGAAACGUAUAUACAGGAUACGAGGACUAUAUUGAUAAUUAUUAUAGUAACGGCUAUAAUCCACUCGGAAACUACAAUGGAAAUAAGGAAUACUAUACCAUUUCAUAUCCUUCAAAUCAAGGAACCAAUGAAGAAAACCAAGAUUGUACAAGAUAUACAAAAACUACCCUUGAUAGAGAUACUGUAAUAAGCGUAAAACCCAAUGAACUGAUCAAGAGUGUAAAUGAAGAUAGAAAAGAAAUUACAAACAUACAAAGUCCUGAUUUUCACAGGAAAUAUUACAGUGACAUGCAGAAUAUUUAGAUCGAAAUGGCGU